AUGUACACUUCAACCAUCGCUCUCGCUAUUGCUCCCCUUCUCUACCUCGCCCGUGCAGACAUCAGUCUCGACCGGGACGACAUUCCACGAGAAUGCGACACCAUCUGUGAUCCCAUUGUCCAGCUCACCAAGACAUGCGACACUGACCUCCGCGGUGACCGUGACCGUGAAGAAGACCGUCUUGAGGCUCAGUGUGUCUGUACCAACGACUCUUUCAACGUCAGCCGUGUCGCUGCUCUCUGCGCCGGUUGCAUUCACCAGAAUGCUCAAAACAACCGCGAUGACGAUGACGACGAUGAUGAUAUUCGUGAUGACACCGAGGAAAUCGAUGAUCUCAUGUACACCUGUGGUUUCUCAUCCACCACCUAUGUCGCAUCCGCCGCCUCAGCUGCUGUCUCUGGCGUCUCAGUCGAUGCGACUCGGCCUACAGAUGCUUCUCAGUUGACCACCACCAUUGUUGGCGGUACACGAACCCAGAACUCCAACGAGCCUUCUGCUACCGGUAGCAGCGGUGGUAAUGGAGGUAGUGGAAGCAACGACAACAACAAUGAUGCUUCUGCUACCAACGACGCUUCCAACCCCGAUGAGACCAAUGCUGCUGCUGCCAUGGCACCUUAUGGAGUCGUCGGCGCUGUUGUUGGCGCUGCUAUGCUCCUGGCUUAG